GGAAAUGUUCUAGGAAGCUUUGUUGGUAGGCAUAUCAAUAAAUUCUGUGUCCGCAUAUCCGAAAACCGCAGACGACGUCCUCAUCAUGACCGAAAUGAUAAAAGUCGGUGACUAUGUGAUAGUCCAGCGUCAAAAGUAUACAAAGCUGCUAAAGUUCGGCAACCUCAAUACGAUCGUGAACCUGGGUAAAGAUCAGAUCGAGCUACGGCUAGCAGAAAAUCAGCCUUACAAUACGACGUUCCAUUUGGUACCGAAGCAGGAACGUGGUAAGCGUCUUUACACUCUGGACCCACUUUCGACGCCGUCUGAAAUACGCAACCUGAAGGAGUUGUUGAUCAAGGAAAGUGGAAGCGAUAAUCGGAACAUCGUUGAUGAUCGGCAGUCACAGACAUUGUCGACGGACGAAAUUUUAAAGCUACGCGAAGAGUGCGAAUCUUCGUCGGAGGUGAUCGGAAAGCUAGUGGAAAAUUCGAAAAGUUUCGCCACGAAAACAGAGUACUCACAGGAAAAAUAUCUCAAGCGAAAAGAAAAAAAGUAUUUCGAAUACGUAACGUUGCGCCGACCUUCGAUUCGGCUGCUGGCCGAUGUCUAUUGGCGGCUGGAUCCCGAGAAAGUGCUUGGUGUACGUUUUGAUACGCUGUCGCAAAUUGUUUCGUACAGUGGUGUGUGCAGUGUUGGCAAUUAUCUACUGUACGAAUCGGGAACCAAUGGCUUACUACCAGCCGCUCUUUUGAACUCGAUCGGCACAGCAAGUACUGCGAAACUGGUCCAUUGUCAUCCGGGCAAUGUAGCCCAAAAGCAAGCACUGUUGGCGAUGGAUUUCCCUGCCGACCAGCAGAAGCGCUGCGUUUCGGUGAACAUCUACUCCGUUUUGCGGAAUUACUAUCAGGACGACGAUACCGUGCUAAAAGCUGGAAAUGGAAAUGUCGAAUCGCAGGAGAAAAAUGAUAAUGAAACCGUUAGCAACGUAGCGGAGCCUGUCGAAAAUUCUGAGACCGACAACGGUACCGCCAAGCGCAAAUUGGUGGAAACUAACGAAGGAUUCGAACCGGAAGCAAAGCAACUGAAGUUGGAAGAAAAGCAAAAGCAGUCGUGGGAAGUUGAAAAUGAAGCGGCUGCUGAAAUCAUGAAGGAAAAGUUUGAUUCCCUCGUAAUUGUCGCGAAGGAACAUCCGUACAGUAUUUUAAAGGCACUGCUACCGUUCGUAAAGGCCAGUCGGCCCAUCGUGAUCUUCAGUACGUCGAGAGAGAUCCUCACAGAGUGCUACGUGGAGAUGAAAGCGGAAGCUGCCGUCACGUAUCUGCGCAUUACGUCCAAUUGGCUGAGACAGUAUCAGAUACUACCAAAUCGUACCCAUCCAGAUGUCACAAUGUCCGGGUGCGGCGGAUACCUCCUGACGGGGUAUACGAUUGGAUAG